UUCCGCUUCCGGGACGAGGCUCCUUCGGCUGCUGAGGCGGCGGCGGCGGCGGGUGCGGGUGCCAUGGCUCGAAACGCGGAGAAGGCCAUGACGGCCUUGGCAAGGUUCCGGCAAGCUCAGCUGGAGGAAGGAAAAGUCAAGGAACGAAGACCUUUCCUUGCCUCAGAGUGUAAUGAACUGCCUAAAGCUGAGAAGUGGAGGCGACAGAUCAUCGGGGAGAUUUCCAAGAAAGUGGCACAGAUUCAAAAUGCUGGAUUAGGUGAAUUCAGAAUUCGGGACCUGAAUGAUGAAAUAAACAAACUGCUGAGGGAGAAAGGACACUGGGAAUUCAGAAUAAAGGAGCUUGGAGGUCCUGAUUAUGCUCGGAUUGGACCAAAAAUGUUAGAUCAUGAAGGGAAAGAAGUUCCAGGAAACAGAGGUUACAAAUAUUUUGGAGCUGCAAAGGAUUUACCAGGAGUGAGGGAGCUUUUUGAAAAGGAACCCCUCCCGCCGCCCCGCAAAACUCGAGCCGAGCUCAUGAAAAACAUUGAUGCAGAAUAUUAUGGCUACAGGGAUGAAGAUGAUGGUAUUCUGGAGCCACUGGAACAAGAACAUGAAAAGAAAGUUAUAGCAGAAAUGGUGGAAAAAUGGAAGCAGGAGAGAGAGGCACGACUUGCAAGAGGUGAGGAGGAAGAGGAGGAGGAAGUCAAUAUCUAUGCUGUCAAUGAUGAUGAGUCUGAUGAGGAAGGUGACAGGGAUAAAGAAGGUGAAGAAGGCCAACAGAAAUUUAUUGCACAUGUUCCAGUGCCAUCUCAGCAGGAGAUUGAGGAGGCUCUUGUACGGAGAAAGAAGAUGGAACUUCUUCAGAAGUACGCGAGUGAAACCCUCAUGGCACAGAGUGAAGAGGCAAAAACACUUUUAGGCUUGUAACGUUGCACCAGGGUGUCCUGGGUUUUACAUAAUUCAUCUUAAACAAGAGGUUCACGUGCUCUGGUAGCAAUCACUUCUAGCUCUGAAGACCCCUUUGGAUGUUGAGAGUGAACUGAUGAAAUUCCAGUGUGCUUGGCAGAAGGAAUACCAUCAAGUUGGUUCAUCCACUAGGAUGACUUGCACUUCAGUGCCAAAAAAGAUCAAGCCUAGGUGAACAUGUCUCUACAUCUUCAGCAACUGUCUUCAUUCCUUUCACUUUGUAUAACCGUCUGUGCAGUGGUGGCUCUUACAGACAGAACCAUGAACCCAGUGACUCCUUAAAUCCUGAUGGAAAGCUGACUGAUAUUGCUGCCAUUCUGUCUGCUGUAUUCUGACUGUAAGUGUGCACAUCUUUCUCCUGUUGGUUUUUACUGACCUGAGGUCAGUCUGUUGUGCCUGGGUGUAUUUCCAGACCAGCCUAGAACCUGUCCAGCAGUACCUGAUGGCAAGAUCUUGUGAGUGGCUUUGCAGUCCAUUUGUUCUUUAUACAGCACAUGCCAUGUCUAAAAGCUGUUACCCUUUUUGUGGUUUGUAACCGUGCCUGGGUGAUUUGCUUAAGUGCUGGAUAUUUCAGCAGCUGUUACAAAUACUGCCAACUUUGCAAUACCUUGUUCAAAUAUUUCUAGUAAAACUUGCACACA